AUGCCUUCUCCCAGUGUGUCCGCGCUGAGCGCCUACCGCCAGAUCAUCCGGGCCACCCGCGUUGCUUUCCGAGACGAUCUCCCCGUCAUGCUCGCCGCUCGCCAGGAAGCCCGCCGCAACUUCGACCAGAACCGCCGAGUCGGCAUCGACAACGGCAUGCAGAUCAACCACGCCCUGGAGGUUGCUGAUAUCCUCCGACACAACCUGGUGCAAGGUGCACGGGAGGAUGGCAAUGAGGCUGCCAAGUGGGAACUUCGGAUCCACGAUGAGAUCGAGCGAGGUGAUAAUGACUCUAUCAAGAUUGGUGGACAAGAUGUCAAGAUUCACAAGGCUUGUUCGUCUUCGUCAUGA